CGUUGCGCAGUCCUGACUCAAUUGACAACUCAACCAUCACAACGGUAACAGCAAGAAGCCGCACCCUGGGUUCAUAACUACUUCCCAGCUUUUCACGCCGACCGCCGGUUUGGAUCCGUGAUAUGUCUCCUCUGAGUCGUACUCGAGGCCUGUAGCCCCUCCACAGGGAAUCCGCUGGCAAUAUGCAUAUGGGACACUACCAGGAAUUUCUGGAGCAUUGCUGCCCAAGCUGCCGCUACUCCUCCGAGAGCGCCGGAUCAACAUGGGCUGGCGGGACUCGGGAGAUGUUCGCUUGCAUACUAGCUGGUAGGCAUUGGUUCCUGGCGGCUCUUCUUUUUCUUACCCCUUUCCCGUCUACCCGCUGGGUUCCAUAGCGGCUUGAAAACCCUGCAGGAGACGUGCUCGUGGGCAGUACUGGCAAAAGUAUAAGAUGGAUCUUCGGUCCGGCACCCAGUGGACGCAGUAUUUUAGAGUCCGUAGUUCUGGAAAUUGUCCCAGUCCCGGAGCUCGGCCGGCAGAAAGCAGUCUCUUUCAAAAGGCCAGAAAUCUAGACAAACCCGGCGCCGCCAGAAGACGUAAUUCUGAACUUGCGCUUGUCGUCCUCCUUUAUCCCGACGUCUCAUUACAGGGCACACCCUCUUUCUCCAAGGGCUCCCCCGAGCUGCGGCCACCCACCAGUCAACUUGGUUGCCCGCGAUUUCUUGCUGCACGCCUCUCUGCGCGCAGGCAAAUAAUUUCCUUGCCCAAGAACGACCAGCGCAACGGCGCACAUCAUCCACCUGUAGCUGCCCCGUCAUCCCCGCGCAAUCCUUCCAACCGCUCGAGUCUGCUCAGAUUUCCCCCCGGGCAAUAUCGGGAAUCAGCCUGGGCUGCACGCAACCCGGCAUCUAGACUUUUACACGAUAUUAUCAUGACAACCAACCGAAGCCCUAUAUCUUCUCCUCGCUGGAGGUUCAUUCUUUGGGUGCUUACGCCUUGAAACUGCCGUGGUCAAUUUCAGACCUGGCACUUGAUUCUUUUUUUCUGUCUUCUCCCCCGACUUUUACCCCACACCACACACCACACAA